ACAGCAAUUGACAUGUUUGGUGGCAGCAGAAGCAAAGCUUCUGAAAUGAAGAGUGUUCAACGGAUGAGAAAACAUUCCAUGAGACACCUUUCCCAUCAAGGUGUUAAACAGCAAGCUGAAAAUUACUGUGUCUAACCAUGAAAACUGGUUCUCUGGCACUGUCUGGCGCCUGAUGAAGUCAUAAAACAACUUUCUUGGUGACAUGUGGAACUCAUGAUGAUAUCACAAUGGAUGCCCAGACCCAAAGGAAACCAUGACAGUCACCGGCCAACAAUGCGCUCAGUCAACCAGUGGAAACUAUUUAGAAGAUUUUAAGAAACUUAGCCUCCUGAAGAAACUUCUUCCAAAGUGAAAGGGGGCAGUGGCAACACUGCAAAGGCAUCGAUGCAUUUCUGGCAGAGUUAAUUAUAUUUGGAACCCGUGACAACACCUAAUGGGGAGAGACUGCUAAGUGAGGAGAAACGAAACAAGAGGUCAUGAAAAUAUGGAGAGGUGGUUUUUGUCGGUAAUUCGGGAUGACUUUAAAGGUGGAAAAAUUAAUCUAGAAAAAACUCUGAAAUUACUUGAAAAAUUAGAUAUUCCCUGCAAUAAUAUUCAUGUGAAAUAUAUUUUUAAGAAUAAUGACAGACUGAAGCAAGGAAGAAUUACCAUAGAAGAAUUUAGAGCAAUUUAUCGAGUUCUGACACACAGAGAAGAAAUUAUUGAGAUUUUCAACACAUAUGCUGAAAACAGGAAAUUUCUAAUUGAAGGAAAUCUGGUCAAAUUUUUGGUACAAGAGCAGUUUUUACUUGAUAGCAAUAAAAGCAGUAAAAAUGCUUCUGAGAUCAUUCAAAAAUAUGAGCCUAUUGAAGAAGUUAAGAAAGCACGCCAGAUGUCCUUUGAAGGUUUUACAAGAUACAUUGGUUCACCUGAAUGUCUUCUAUUUAAAAAUGAAUGUGAGAAAGUUUACCAGGACAUGACUCAUCCAUUAAAUGAUUAUUUUAUUUCAAGUUCACAUAAUACAUACUUGGUAUCUGGCCAAUUUCUGGGACCAAGUGAUCUUUGGGGAUAUAUAAGUGCUCUUGUGAAGGGAUGCCGAUGUCUGGAAAUUGACUGCUGGGAUGGAUCACAAAAUGAACCUGUUGUUUACCAUGGUUACACCUUCACCAGCAAACUUCUGUUUAAAACUGUUAUCCAAGCGAUACAGAAAUAUGCAUUCCUAACAUCUGACUACCCGGUGGUGCUCUCUUUAGAAAAUCAUUGUUCCCCUUCCCAACAAGAAGUGAUGGCAGACAAUUUGCAAUCUAUUUUUGGAGAUGCCUUGCUUUCUGAUAUGCUUGAUGAUUUUCCAGACAAGCUACCUUCCCCAGAGGCAUUAAAAUUUAAAAUAUUAGUUAAAAAUAAGAAAAUGGGAACCUUAAAAGAAACCCGGGAAAGGAAAGGUUAUAAUAAACAUGGUCAGAUAGCGGAAUAUGAAGAAGAGGAGGAUCAAGAGGAGGAAGACUACAAAAUUAAAGAAUUGGAAUAUAGUCUAGUAAAGCAAGCAGAAUCAAGUUCAGCUGGAUUACCACUUUUCAGGAAAAAGAGGGGAAAAGUGGCUCUGGCCUUAUCUGAUCUUGUCAUUUAUACUAAAGCUGAGAAAUUCAGAAGCUUUCAACAUUCAAAACUAUAUCAACAAUUUAAUGAAACUAAUUCUAUUGGGGAGACACAAGCCCGGAAACUUUGCAAGUUGAGAGCCCCAGAGUUUAUUCUUCAUACCAGGAAAUUCAUAACCAGAAUAUAUCCUAGAGCAAUGAGAACUGAUUCUUCUAAUUUUAAUCCUCAAGAAUUUUGGAAUAUAGGUUGUCAAAUGGUGGCCUUAAAUUUCCAGACUCCUGGCCUGCCUAUGGAUCUUCAAAAUGGGAAAUUUUUAGAUAAUGGUGGUUCUGGGUAUAUUUUGAAACCAGAGUUCCUAAGAAAUACUGAAUCAAAUUUUGAUCCAAAUAAAGCACCAAUAGACAGUAAUCCAGUUACACUUACAAUAAGGCUCAUCAGUGGUGUCCAGUUGCCUCCUAGCAAUUACUCAUCUUCUAACAAAGCUGACACGUUGGUGAUUAUAGAAAUUUAUGGUGUUCCAACUGAUCAAGUGAAACAGCAGACUCGUGUUAUUAAAAGAAAUGCUUUUAGUCCAAAAUGGAAUGAAACCUUCACAUUUAUUAUUGAAGUGCCAGAACUGGCAUUGAUACGUUUUGUUGUUGAAAAUCAAAAUUUUAUAACUGAAAAUGAAUUUCUUGGGCAAUAUACUUUACCAGUUCUAUGCAUGAACAAAGGUUACCGUCGUGUUCCAUUGUUUUCCAAAAUGGGUGAGAGUCUUGAGCCUGCUUCACUGUUUAUUUAUGUAUGGUACAUUAGAUAGCAACUAAUAGCACCUCAUUUAUCGUGAAAAUAAAACAGCCAAAAUUAAUGUCCACAUCUCUUUUCU